GACCGCCAACCGCUACAUGACAUGAAACAACGGGCGCAAUAAUGACAUUCUAUAUACAAUGAUAUGGUUUGAAUUUAAUGGCGGUAGGGAAAUAAGUGUUUAUAUUAAUUAAUGUGUCAGCUCAUACCAUGUGUUCCACUGUAUACAAGGAAUAUUGAAUUCUUUCUGAAGUUAUGGCUAAAUCAGAAGCUAUAAAAAAAGGAUGUAAAGAACCAAGAUUUGCUGCAAAUGGACAUCGAUUACCUGAUCCAUUGCCUCAGGGCUCUAUCCUUACAGAUGUCAAGAAGCGUCAGUGGAAACUUGGAAAGUCAAUUGGAUUGGGUGGAUUUGGUGAAAUAUAUCUUGCCUCUGAUGACAUCAAAAAGAAGCCUGGAAAUCAUGCAAACUAUGUUAUUAAAGUUGAACCACAUGCAAAUGGACCCCUCUUUUCAGAAAUGCACUUUUAUCACCGUGUAGGAAAACCUGAACAAAUUAGUGAAUGGAUGCAGAAAAAAAAGUUGACAUUUUUAGGAAUGCCUAAAUUUAUUGGGUCAGGAUCUCAUGAAUACAAAGAUAUCAAGUACAGAUUUAUGGUGAUGGAAAGAUUUGGGGAAGAUCUGCAGAAAUUGCUGGACAAAAACAACAAGACAUUUCCUUUGAAAACUGUAUUUACAGUAGGGAAACUUAUCCUGGACAUUCUUGAGUACAUACACAGUCAUGGGUAUAUCCAUGCUGAUGUUAAGGCUUCAAAUUUAUUGACAGGCUAUGGUCCUGGAAAAGAAAAUGAAAUAUAUCUUAUUGAUUUUGGCCUGGCUUGUCGUUAUGUAACCAAUGGGGAGCAUAAGGAAUUAAAAGAAGACAGGAGAAAAGCGCAUGAUGGAACCAUUGAAUUUACUAGUAGAGACGCUCAUAUUGGAGCUCAUUCACGGAGAGGGGAUUUAGAAAUAUUGGGCUAUAAUAUGUUGCAAUGGCUGUGUGGCCGUUUACCAUGGGAAGAUAACUUAAAAGAUCCAGAAAGUGUUAGUCGUCAAAAAAGCAUGUAUUUAUCUAAUGUUUCCUCUCUCAUGAAAAGUUGCUUCCAGAAACGAGCACCACCACGUGGUAUUGCUGAAUAUUUUUCAUAUGUGGCUAGUUUAGCUUUUGAAGAAGAGCCAGAUUACAAACAUUGUAAAAAUAUUCUAGCAGCAGCAAUCAAAGCAUCUGGUUUCAUAGAUGAUGGUAUCCUUGUAUACACUACUACACAAAUAAAACAGCCAUCUCGCAAGCAAAAUCUCAAAGGGCUUCUCCCAAGAGGAAGCUGUAGUUCAUCCCCCCCAAGCAAGUUGAAGCGACAACAUUCAAUGAUAUCUGAUAGUCCUGGAUCUUCACCUAUUCCACAAAGAAAGCUUCGGAGGGUUGCUUCAGCAACACAAACUAUGCAGUCGACUAAUGCAGAACAUUCUAAACUGACUUCAAAAAUUGUGCUUGAUAACCCUACUCCAGCAAUGCUUUUAGUAAUGAAACGUAAUUUAGAACGACAGUUGCAACAGAAUGAACUUAUGAAGAAUAAAAUUAAUGGUGAAAAAAAUGGUGCUACUAAAAAGAUUGUAGAUAUAAAACCUGCAGCAGAUUUUUUCUCUAUUAGAAGAGGAAGAGCAGGUCGACCAAAGAAGCUGAAGAAUGGUUUUCCACAUUAAAUUUCAGAAUGCACAAAAAUCAAAUUGAGUGUUCCUCAUGCCUGUGAAGAUUUUAUAUAGUGUGUGAAAGGUUUUAUGCAUGUUAUUUUGACAUGUUGGUAAUGCAACUUCAUGGAUAAAAAUGUAAGUUUCUUACUGGAAAGUAAAAUUAUGUGCUUGUCAUCUAUGCAAAGUUGAAGAAAUAGAAGCAGUGAAUUGGUGAGGUUAAGAAUGCUUACUAUGCAAUAAUCGGUGUUACUUACCAAGGAUAAUCUAUUUUGAAUAAAUUCGUGUGCACUAAAAUAUGAAAGUUUAUAGAUUGGAAAAAUCUUGUAUAUAUUCUUUAGAAUUCUUGUACAGUUUUAAAUCUUAAUUAAAAAAAAUGUUUUGUU